AUGGCAGAACCAAUCGUCUUCUACGAUAUACCUGGCAAUGUUACCGGCACCGCAAUGUCCGGGAACACUAUGAAGGCCAGGCUCACGCUCAACCUGAAGAGCCUCCCGUACACGACGGUGUGGGUCGAGUACCCCGACAUCGAGCGCACCGCAAAGGAGCUCGGCGUCGGCCCCACAGCCGUCUGGCCUGACGGCUCGCCGAUGUACACCCUGCCCAUCAUCUAUGACCCCUCGACCAAGACCGCUAUCGGGGAGUCCACGGCCAUUGCGCGCUACCUCGACGCGACGUACCCCGACACCCCGCGUGUCAUACCGGAGGGAACAGAGGCGUUCCAGGAGGCGACCACCUGGGCCAUCAAUACCGCGAUCGGCGUCAUAGGCCUGCGCAUGUACCAGCCGGUGGUGCUCGAGCGGCUCGACGGCGCGAGCAAGGCCUACUACAAGGCGGCCCGGGAGCGCACUUUCGGCGGGGUUAUCGAGGAGUGGUCGCCGCGCGGAAGCGCCGCCCGCGAGGCGCACUGGAAGCACCUGCAUAACGCCUUCGGGCAGAUCGCGGGGUGGCUCGACGCCGGCAGCGGGGAGGAGCGGCGGUUCUUCAUGGGCGAGAGGGCCUCCUUUGCGGACAUAGUGUUAGCGGGGCGGCUCCUGGGGAUGAAGAGGGUUUUCGGGGAGGAGAGCGAUGAUUGGAAGACGAUAGAGAGUUGGCAUGGUGGUCGAUGGGUGAGGCAGAUCGAGGCGUUCGACUGGCUCUGAUGAUCCGGGCCCGACGCUCCUUGGUCACAUAUAUCGGGUUUGGGGUUGAAAGGCAAGGUAUUCC